AUAGUGUAGUCUAUGGUAAUGCAAGAAAAAUGGUUGUCGUUGUUUGCUAAUAAUUUCUGGAAUUGCUGAAUCUGUAUUCUGGUUACAGAAGUAGUACUGUCAUUAAUUCGAAACGGUUUCAUUAAUGGGACCCUCUGACACAGAUGAUUGCGUGGUUGUCACGAAUGGCAGUAAAGUAGACGGUGAGCAAGAAAUUGAGCCGGUCAAUGCAAGCGAUAGUUCGAAAAAAAAGAAAAAAAAGAAACACAAGCACCAUAAGCACAAGAAGCAUUCGUCCGAGAAAGGAGAAAAAGAGAAGAAACAUCAUAAGAAGAAGAAAAAGCACAAGAAAGAGAUAGGUGAAGAGAUACCAACUAAAAAUGAUGUGCAAAUCAAAACCGAAGUUGAAACCAAAAGUGUUGUUGAGACCAAACCUGUGGUACAGACCAAACCUGUGGUACAGACCAAACCUGUGGUACAGAUUAAACAAGAGGCACAGACGAAACCUGUGGCACAGACGAAACCUGAGCCAGUUGUUAAGAAGGAGGUACAAAUUAAUAAUUUAAAACCAGAGGAAAGUUUGCCCGGGGCACCAUCUGCAGGAGGGGCAAAACAGGAAACUGCAGAAAAGCAAGUUUUGCUUCACGACGAAUUUGACAUUGUGCAGCGUUCGUGCAUGAACGGAAGCAGUCUGUCUCUCCUCGCUCCGAACCAGACUGAGACCGAACAAGCGGAGCCAGCGGAAACAAAUACCGCGACCGUGAUCUCUGACGAUGAAUCGUCCGAGUCCGAGCCGGAGGCAAAACCCAAAGAUGAUGACUCUGACGUAGAAGUUGCCGUUAUUGAUGACAUCGAUCUGGAAGAUUUAAUGCGACAAAAGGCGCUGCUGCAGGCGCGGCUCGGGGCCUACAUGUCGGAGGAGGACGACGGCGACGACAGCAGCGGCCACCGGGGCAGCGGCAUCGCGGCCCCCGAGCCGCCCGCCACCGAGGUCAUCGACCUGGUGGGCGACGACUCGGAGCACGGCCACGGGGGCGCCAGGAGGAGGCACGAGCGCAGGAAGCGGCACCACAACCGGAGCGACAGCAAGGAGAACCACCACAAGGACAGGAGCAGCUCCAGGCCGCACCACAACCAGGAGAGCGGCCACAAGGACGCCAGGGACCAGGACAGGAGGCGGGUGGUGAUAGACCUGUCCCGAGAGUCCAAGCGGCCGCGGGAAACAGAGUCUGACCACAGGACGUCCCACGGCCGGCGGGGGAAGGACUCUCGCAAGGAGGAGCGGGGCAGCAGGAGCCGUACCGAGGGCAAGGACGCGUCCGUUCGCAGGAGGAGCAGGAGUCGAAGUCCCCUGGGUCACCUGUCCCGCUCGGUCCGGGACAAGCCGGUGAGCCGCGGCAAGGAGGCGGUCAGCAGGAGCAAGGACGCGGCUCGGGGCAGGAGUCGGGACAAGCUGAGGGAGAAGGAGAAGGAACGAGAGCGGGAGAGAGAGAAGGAGAAGGAGAGGGAGCGAGAGCGGGAACGGGAGAGGGAGAGGGAGAAGGAGAGGGAAAGGGAGCGGGAGAGGGAGAGAGAGCGAGACAGAGCGCGGCUGGAGAGACUCAGGGAGAGGGACAGGGACAAGCUGAGGAGACGAUCGUCUCGGUCCAGGAGCAGAGAUCGCAGAUACUUGCGAGGGAGAGGACAUGGCAGCAGGUCUCAUAAACCAAGAGAGAAAGGUGACAUGUUCAAAGACAGUCUGUCAGAAGGUUUGAAGAAUGAAAAACAAUCUUCUUCAGAUGAGGACGUUUGUGAUAUCAGCAUCGAAGAAGAUGAAGAUGAAGAGCAGAUAAUUCAGAAACGAAGAAAGCAGAGAGAAGAACUGCUGAAGAGGCUGGGGGCCCUGAGCGAGGACUCGAACGUGUCUGCCGCGGUGACGUCCGGCCCGGCCACGCCCCUGGGGCAGCCCCCGGGAGACGACGACGGCCAGCCCCUCCAGGAGGACCUGGAGCCGGAGCCCGACCCGGAGCCCGCCCCCCGCCGCGAGAAGAGGAAGUCCCGGUUCAGCUCCGUGGAGCCGGCCGACGGAGGACAAGGACAGGACAAGAAGGAGAGGAAGGACGGCAAGAAGGAGUGGGACAUGUUCGCUGAGGCGGACGCCCUGCAGGAGUACAACAGCCCCAGCGCGAUGGAGCAAGGAGGGGGCGGGCCCGAGAACCCCUCCCUCACGGACAACUGGGACGAUGCAGAGGGCUACUACAGGGUCCGCAUCGGUGAGAUCAUGGACGGGCGGUAUGUUGUGUACGGCUACACCGGCCAGGGCGUGUUCUCGAACGUGAUCCGCGCCCGCGAUAGUGCCCGGGGCAACCAGGACGUCGCUGUCAAGAUCAUCCGCAACAACGAGAUCAUGCAUAAGACCGGCCUCAAAGAGCUGGAAGUGCUGAGGCGACUGAACGACGCCGAUCCGGAUGACAGGUUCCACUGCCUCAGGCUGUUCAGGCACUUCUUCCACAAGAACCACCUGUGCAUGGUGUUCGAGCCGCUCAGCAUGAAUCUGCGCGAGGUCUUAAAGAAGUACGGGAAGGACGUGGGUUUGCACGUUAAAGCAGUGCGGUCGUACAGCCAGCAACUCUUCCUCGCUUUGAAAUUGUUGAAGAAGGCAAACAUUCUUCACGCUGACAUCAAGCCUGACAACAUUCUGGUGAAUGAGAGCAAGCUGGUGUUGAAGCUUUGUGACUUCGGCUCUGCCUCGCAUGUUGCGGAGAAUGAAAUAACUCCGUACUUGGUCAGUAGGUUUUACAGAGCACCUGAGAUAAUUCUAGGUAUUCCAUAUGAUUUUGGGAUUGAUAUGUGGUCUGCUGGAUGCACAAUAUAUGAACUUUAUACAGGGAAAAUAAUGUUUUCGGGCAAGACAAACAACCAGAUGUUGAAGUUCUUUAUGGAUUUGAAGGGGAAGAUGCCCAACAAACUUAUCAGGAAAGGCACUUUCAAAGAACAACAUUUUGACGGGAAUUGUAACUUCCUCUAUCAUGAAGUGGACAAAGUUACAGAACGGGAGAAGGUGGUGGUGAUGUCGACGCUGAACUCGUCGCGGGACCUGCUCUCGGAGCUGGUGGGCAACCAGAACCUGCCUGAGGACCAGGCGCGCAAGGUCGGCCAGCUCAGGGACCUGCUGGAGCGCAUCCUCAUGCUGGACUCGUCCAAGCGCGUCGCCAUCAACCAAGCGCUCACGCACGCCUUCAUCCAGGAGAAGAUCUGAUCAUAGUGGUAGUGUGCCCCGAGGUAAACCUGCAGCAGCGGGCCGCCCCUGUCUGGAACGUGCUAGCAACCCGUGCCUUCCCCACCACGCCCCGACAUCCCGUCGAUGAUUGGCCGGUAACACUUGCACCGGCAAUCGGGAACCCGAGUACUGUCGGCCUCCUCGAUUGUUUGCGAAAGUAAAUAUUCCAAUGACGCAGUUUUUGUUAGCACGUUUCCUGUUGUGUCCGAAUUGUCUCUUUCUUUUUUUUUUUUUGCAUAGAUUUUUUUGUAAUAUAUGACAAUAUUUUGUGACAUGUUACUAUAUAUUGCAUUUAUUUAAAAAAAAUAGGUUAGAGCUAGGAAUGAUUUUACGAACUAGAAUUAUUGUUGUACAGAGCUAAUACUUGCUUACAGAAAUUCCGUUUGGAAAUGUAGUUAAUUUUAGUGGUUUUUAAAAUUGCUUUAUUGUGUGUGAUUUAUCAUUUUUAUUGCUGUCAAAACUGUCAAAUUCUUUAACUAGUGAACAAGGUGUAGAAAUUAAUUUCGUUUGUGAAAUGUCCUAAUGAGUCAAUAAAUUGUUUCUUGUUGUGUA